UUGGAACGCGUCCAUGAGUGACGUAGAGAAUGAGAGAGCACAAACUUGAGCACUAAUCGAGCAUUCGAGCUGUGGAGAAAAAUCAGUCCAGCAACUGACACGGCAGCGGAAUUACCAAGCGUUGAAAACCAUCAGAUACCAUUAUAACGACACACGCGAACAUGUUGAUAUCAAGUCGUUUGUUCCUACUGUUGGUGUUGCUUGGCAACCUCUUCGGCUUGGGUUCGUCCUGCGACGCUGAUCAGGUUCUCUGUGGGACUACGAAUAAGUGCAUUCGAAUUAGUUACAUCUGUGACGGCGAUAAUGACUGCGGUGACGGAUUGGACGAGUCCUUCUGUCCUGACUGGAAGGCCACAGGAUGUAGCGACAGGGCGACGGCUUUAUGUAACCGAGAUGGAGGUGAGACCUGCGUUCCCAUGGCGGAGUAUUGCUCAUCUUCUUCUUCUUGUAGCGGUAUCGUGGAUCCCAGGAUUUGUGUGAUGAUGCGCGAAAGAGUGAUUCGGCGAAUCUCGCAGGUGGUCAUCCCAGAGAUCACCACUACGCCCCCUGUGCCGUCUCCUGCACCCAACACCUUGCAAAUGAGCGAGUUGCAAGGAGAACUUUUCGCUGAGACUUUCAACAAGACGCUGGAACAUUCCACCUGCCCGGCGAUGUACACGAGGGUCGGAGACCAUUGCUUGUCCUUCUUCUACAUUCUCAAGCUCAGCUGGGGCGAAGCGGUACAAUUCUGCAAAUUGAUGGGCGGGCAGCUGGUGUCUUUCAGUAGCAACCACGACAUGUUUAUUUCCAUAUUGAAGCAUCUGAGUGAGCAUGGCAUAACCGCAGACUUCUGGAUUGGCGGUCGCUUCUUGGUGGAUACGGAGGUAUGGACGUGGCUGACAGACUCUGCUAUGGAGCUUGGGCCGCCAUUUUGGGCUGUCAGGUAUGAAGAGACUUGCAACAGUAGGCAGGAGACUAGCAGUCACGCAGCUCAGUACUGGUUAAACAAGACAGCGUGUUACCAUUACCAACAAGCUCCUGGGCCUAACAAGGCCAAGUUAUGUGCGGCUGUGACCUACAAGCAUUAUUAUUAUGUGACUGAUGAAGGCUGCCUGGAUCGUAGGAGUCCUCUGUGCCUAGCAAACACGAAUGGGACGAGCCUCAAGAUAUGAAAAAAUGGUUCAGUAGGCCUAGCUUUCGUUUGAUGAACUGACACUGACAUAUAGGUAGUACCAACAUCAUAGUUGAUUAGAUAAUCUUAUAAGUUUCUCUUGGAUUACAGCUGUAUCUUACAGCCCUUUCUCAUAUACACCCCUGCCUCAUGUGCCUCAUUUAUAACAAAAUGUCUUUCGCCUCAGUGGCUGCUUUUUGAUUAGCUGUAACUCUGUUAACCACGUAAAUCGCAUGUAUGUAUCGUGGCAAUAUCUCUGCAUACAAGCACAGCCUUAAUGGCUUUAAUAAACUUUUUUAAAAUUUUGUAUCUAUUAUUAUAAAGGGUGGAGAGACUACCCAUUAUAUAGUACUAGCCUGUU